UAAAAAUGAUGUGCUUUUAAUAUAAUGGGGGGAAAAGUAGAAAUAUACAUGGAAGAGUUGAACAUUUAGUUAAUGGAAAAUGGGUUAGAUAAGAAGGAAACAAAAAGAUAAAAUAGGUUAUUCAAGAGAUUGAUGAGGAUUAAAACUAACAAUAAUUUAAAAUUCAAAACUAAGAACAAUAACAAUAAGAACCAAUCUAACCAAUUUAGUAAGACAAGCCAUAGGAUUUGCAGCAAAAUGAUUAGCCAUAAAUUCAAAAAGAAUCAUCGUGACCAUUUUAUAUGGAUUAUAUAUAUAACAGGCGC